AGUGCUGUUAGUCUCAGGGUGAUCAAGCAGUGAAGAUGGCGUGUUGCAGGAGGUGCCUGUGUUGCCAGUGCUGCUGUGGGGAAGGGGAGACCAGGACCCCCGAGGAACUCCUGCAGUGGACAAUCCUCGGGGAGACACAUGGAGAAGAUGAGAUUCUACCAAGGAAGGACUAUGAGAGUUUGGACUAUGACAGGUGCAUCAAUGAACCAUUCAUGGAGGUUCUGGAUGGCAUGGAUAACAAGAAAGCCAGGAAGUAUGAAGUGGUGAAGUGGGUCGUUGUCUUUGCAAUUGGAGCCUGUACUGGGUUGGUAGGGCUGUUUGUUGAUUUCUUUGUACGUCUCUUCUCUCACUUGAAGUUCAGCGUGGUUGAAAAAUCUGUGGAGGCGUGUACUGAAAAGGGCUGUCUUGCCCUGUCUCUACUAGAACUUCUAGCUUUCAAUAUGACCUUCAUCUUCAUAGCCAGUGUUCUGGUUCUGAUUGAACCAGUGGCUGCUGGGUCAGGGAUUCCUGAGAUUAAAUGUUACCUCAACGGGGUGAAGAUUCCUGGAAUAGUCCGGCUGCGCACCUUCCUGUGCAAAGCUGUGGGGGUUCUCUUCACUGUAGCUGGAGGUCUGUUUGUGGGAAAGGAAGGUCCAAUGAUUCAUAGUGGUGCUAUAGUAGGAGCUGGGCUGCCUCAGUUUCAGAGCAUCACCUUUAAAAAGAUCUGCUUCAACUUUCCAUACUUCCGCACUGACAGGGAUAAGAGGGAUUUUGUCUCCGCUGGGGCUGCGGCUGGGGUCGCGGCUGCUUUCGGAGCUCCCAUUGGGGGCACGCUGUUUAGCCUGGAGGAGGGGUCCUCCUUCUGGAACCAGGAGCUCACAUGGAAAGUGCUCUUCUGCUCCAUGUCUGCCACUUUCACUCUGAAUUUCUUCCGCUCUGGGAUUCUGUAUAACAGCUGGGGUUCUUUUCAACUACCAGGGCUGUUGAACUUCGGAGAGUUUAAGUGCUCGGAUUCGGAUAAGAAGUGUCACCUGUGGACCGCGGUCGACCUGGCCUUCUUCGUUGUGAUGGGGAUAUUCGGCGGUCUCCUGGGAGCUUUGUUCAACUGCUUGAACAAGAGAUUAGCCAAGUACCGCAUGAGGAACGUUCACCCCAAAGCAAAGUUUGUCAGGGUUCUGGAGAGCCUGCUGGUCACCAUGGUAACCACCAUAGUGCUGUUUGUUGCGUCCAUGACUUUGGGAGAAUGCCGAGAUCUCUCGCCCCCCACCAACAGUGACAACGCCACGCAUGUUUCCAACUCUGAGGAUGUGAACUCCACCAUCAAAACGUUCUUCUGUCCCAACAAAACCUACAAUGACAUGGCCACACUUUUCUUUAACCCACAAGAGGUGGCUAUUCACCAGCUCUUCCACCAAGACAGUACCUUCAGUCCAGUUUCCUUGUCUAUUUUCUUCGUGCUGUAUUUUCUGCUGGCUUGUUGGACCUACGGCAUAUCUGUACCCAGUGGCCUCUUUGUGCCGUCCCUGCUGUGCGGAGCUGCCUAUGGUCGGCUAGUAGCGAACAUCCUGAAAACCUACAUAGGGAUGGAUCACGUUUACUCCGGGACCUUCGCAUUGGUUGGCGCCGCAUCAUUUCUUGGGGGUGUGGUCAGGAUGACCAUUAGCCUCACUGUCAUCCUGAUUGAGUCAACCAAUGAAAUCACCUAUGGACUCCCCAUCAUGAUAACCCUCAUGGUAGCAAAGUGGACUGGAGAUUUCUUUAACAAAGGAAUAUACGAUAUCCACAUAAAGCUAAGCGGAGUCCCGUUACUGGAAUGGGAGACUGAGGUGGAGAUGGAUAAGCUAACAGCUAGCGACAUCAUGGAGCCAAACCUGACCUAUGUGUACCCUCACACCCGCAUCCAGUCUCUGGUCAGUAUUCUGCGGACCACGGUGUACCAUGCCUUUCCGGUGGUGACGGAGAACCGGGGGAACGAGAAGGAGUUCAUGAAAGGGAACAUUCUCAUCAGCAACAACAUAAGAUUCAAGAAGUCAAGCAUCCUGACCCGGGCGGGGGAGCAGCGCAGGCGGAGCCAGUCCAUGAAGUCGUACCCCUCGAGCGAGCUGCGCAACGUGUGUGACGAGCUCGUCGGCACCGAGCAGGCAGAGGAGGCAGAGGACAUGCUGCAGCAGAUGCUGGAGAGGAGACAUGUCCCCUAUCCCAACCUGUACCCUGACCAGUCCCCUAGCGAGGAGUGGACCAUGGAGGAGCGAUUCCGACCUUUGACCUUCCACGGCCUGAUCCUGCGAUCCCAGUUAGUGAACCUGCUGAUCGGGGGAGUCUGUUAUGCUGAAAACCAGUCGAGUGCGACUCAGCCUCGACUCUCCUACACUGAGAUGACGGAAGACUACCCUCGGUACCCAGAUAUCCAUGACCUGGACCUCGCGUUGCUUAACCCACGCAUGAUAGUGGAUGUGGCGCCGUACAUGAACCCUUGCCCCUACACUGUCUCCCCAAACACCCGCGUCUCUCAGGUGUUCAACCUUUUCCGGACCAUGGGGCUGAGGCACUUGCCUGUAGUCAAUGCUGUCGGAGAGAUUGUUGGAAUAAUCACAAGGCAUAAUUUAACCCACGAGUUUCUACUAGCAAAACUGAGGCAGCACUGCAUUACAAUCUGAAUCAUCUUGACUCUCCGGGUUUCUGAAUCGUCCUGUUUAGCUGGAGUGCCCUUGCUACUCCAAGCAGAAUUUGGAGAAUUUCCAGCGAACCCCAUUUCCAGAACAAGUCCGAUGGCUCCGACCAAGGAGGAACCCCAGUCCGAACUUCAGCACUGAAAGUCUGAAGUACACCCUACACUUUUAAGAGACAUUUGUAACUACACAAUUUUAGUUGGAUAAAUAAUCUAGGUCUGUAGAAGGCCUGCAAGUUAACUUCUGGUAUAAAUAAAUACAUGUCAGAAAAGCUGAACUCUUAAGCCAUAUCUUAAAAAGUGGGGUGCAGUGUGUACCCCACGCACUGUAAAACCGAUACUUAAUGAAUCAGUAUGGGGGGGCUGAGAUGUGACACUAAGAUCGUUCCCAAUCCACCACUGUAAUGGUGAUCUACUCAUCUCUCUGUCCAUUCAUAAAAUCAAGGGUAAAUUAUGUAUAAUCACUGUCCACUGUACAACACAAGACCUACCAUCAGAGAGGGAAACGUUCUCAAAAUCCUCUCCUUGCAACAUUACUGUGCUACAACACAUAAGCUAGCCCCUGCUUGGGGGGGGGGGGGAAUAAAUAAAUUACUUUUGUGGGACCUGGCAUCCAUGUUCAACAGUGCAUCUAAAGAAAUGUUCUGAGUGUGUUUACACGAGAUAUUUCAUGAGAACAGAACAUAUUAAAUAACGAUGAAGUGACACAAAGACAUGUGGCUCAUGCAUUUUGUGCACUCCACCCUUUCAGUCCUGGGUGUCUGUUUUGUGUUAUUUUAUUUUUAUCCAGCACUUAAACUUCAAUUUUUGUUUUUACAAGACAAAGUAGAGACCGAUGUUGAUUGACUUUAAAUCCACUCUCAGUGCACCUCUAUAUUUUGCUAUCUCAAAAAAUUCUAAUGAAAUAUCGAGGGAAUUUGUGACGUUAUAUAACUGUCACUGGUCUAACCCUAAAUUAAAUUAACCCUGGGAAUUAUCGAAUCGUGAAAUAACCACGCAGUCUCUGCUUAAUUUGACAAAGCAGGAGAAAUAAUUGUUUUCCAUAGUGGAGUAGAAUUGUCUUGAGAAUGGAGCGGUAUGUUGAUCGUUUGAAAAGUGGAGGUCGACCCGAGGAGUAGGAAUGGGAUGGAAUUAUAUUUAGAAGAAUAAUCUGUACUCCCACUUGACUGCACCCCAUGUCAGGAUUUCGUAAGCACAAGAUCUUGUCAUCAAAGCAACAGUCCCCACAGAAGGGAAUACUUUUAAUACAAGUCGAGUUGCAGAUUAAAAGGCAAUUGUAUUGAAAGGCUCAAGCUUGAUCACCUGUUAGCGUUUAAUAGAUGCCCAUCUUUGAUGUACAGUACCUGAAGCAUAUUGGGUGUGCAAUCUGUAGUACUUGUGUUCUUAGCCCAUGUCCCAGGUUAAAAUCUGAGCAUUUGCACAGUUAUAUAAUUUAUGUAAUUGCUUUCAUAAUCUGUUAAUGUUAUUAGCUGUUGUAAUCCUAUUAUUUAUUGGUUUUGUCAGUGUGCGUGGAAACCCUGACAAGACCUGUACUGCAUAUCCCUGUUAAAGGAAUCUUCACCGCCUUGCAGGAAGGGCCUUGUUAGACAUCUCGAUACAAAAUAAGGAUCGAAAUUGAAUUUCCGUGUGAAAUUUUCUUGAAACAGUCAAAAGCCUCUGUGUAUCCCGGGCUGCAAAUCUUGAAUGAAUUAGGGUAAUUACUAAAAACCACUAGAGCUUAUUUGUUUUUGUUGUUUUUGUUUUUUUUUAUAUAAUGCAAUUGUGCCAGCCGUGCACAAAACAAGCCAGUUUAUUAGUGCAUUUCUAUAAAUUAGUUUUUACAUUUUUUACACAGGGACCUUGGUUAACUGGAAACACUAAUUGUCAAGAUCCUUGACCGUUUAUUAAAUGAUUCAGCUGUCUUGUAUUCUCAGAUGUAA